CAGUUAUAUAUAUAGUAUAACAUAGUCAGAGUUGAAUUGACCAACGUUACGAACUCUAUCCAAAAAUACAGUCAUGAAGAUGUUUAUCGUAUGCAUGGCUCUUGCAGUCGGUCUUGUUUCAGCUGAUUCUUACGAUCAUCCUCACCCACAGAAUGGAGAAUGGUCAAACUGGGGACCAUGGAUGGGCUGUUCAGCAACUUGCGGUGGUGGUAGCGACACAAGAAUGAGAACAUGUCAAUCUGGAACUUCCGGCGGCAUUGACUUGACAACUCUUCUUCUUCUAUCCGGUGGAUUAGGUGGUGAUUCAAGCUCAGCACUCGAUAGUCUCUUACUUCCAUUCCUUUUGCAAGGUGGUAACGGCGCCGGAGGGCUUGGCGACGACCCAAUUGCAAUGUUGGCUCUUCUCGGAGGACUUGGCGGAGAUUCGACCGACAGCAGCUCAAGCUUGGAUUUUCUAUUGCCAUUCCUGCUAAGUGGACAGAACAUUGAUCCAACACUUCUUCUUCUCUUGUCUGGAUCCAACUCAACAACAAUCGACCCACUCAUGCUAUUUCUUCUCACAAGCAUGGGCGGGCAAACUGAAACGCAGAAAUAUUGCUAUGGAUCACGAAUGGAAACAAGAACUUGUAACCAACAAUCUUGCCCAAGUCCAGUCAACUGCCUUUCACAGUGGGGACAAUGGGGUGAAUGUUCAAACGGUUGUGGAGCUGGAAACAAGAUUCGCUCCCGUACUUGCAAUUGCCAUGACUCCAUGUCUACAUACCGAUGCAACGGCGCUCAACUUUAUGAACACGCACAAUGCUCUUCCUAUGAUGCAUGCCCAGGCUUGUAACCAACAAAACAAUUGCUGCUAUGAUCAUUCUGUCCCAGAAACCUUCAGGUGCUUCAAACGCAACAACACAUAAUUUCCGAAAGAGGAAAACUAUACCAAGACAAAAAGCGCAGAUGAAUACAUAUGCCAAAAACUCAAGCACUAGGUUAAAAAUUUUAUACAUUAAAUAUGUUAUUUAUUAUCUGUCAGUGCAUUGAAUUUUGGACGAUUUGUCGAGUUUUCUAUAUUUUUAUAAAAAUGACUAUAUAAAGUUAAAUAAACUGAAUAAUAAAUUGCACAAAAUUUUGAAAUGCUUCGAAUAUAUUGUCGAUGUAGUACCUUCACUGAUUAAUUAAUUUGUUUGCAAUUUUGAUAUUCAAAAUAAAAGUGAAUAUCAUAUAAAUGUGA